AUGACGCUGCUGGUGAACGCAUGGAGCCUUCACUGGGACCCCAAACUAUGGGUGGAUGCCGAGAGGUUCGUGCCCGAGAGAUUUGACAGCGGUGAAGAGAGCAACAAAGGGUUUAAAAUGAUUCCUUUCAGUGCCGAAAGGCGAGCUUGUCCCGGGGCUGUUCUUGGGAGGAGAGUGGUGGGGUUGGCGUUAGGAGCAUUGCUUCAGUGCUUCGAGUGGGGGAGAGUUGGCUCGGAGGAGAUUGACAUGACGGAGGGCAACAGCCUCACCGUGCCACCGGCGGAGCCUUUGCAGGCUUUGUGCAAGCCACGGGAAAUGAUGACGCCCUUCCUAGUUGGUGGAGAUGAUCGCUUUGGUGAAGAAACAAUGAAGAAAUGCUAG